AGACGGCCACUAAAGAGAAACCCACCGAAAGAAAAAACGGAUAUUCCAAAACCCACCAAAAGGAAAAGUAACGAAAAAGAGAAGUCAUUUGACUCUUUUCUGUUCAUAGAUUUCUAGGGUUUUGUCGAAUUGGGCUCCUUGAGGGAGGAUCUAAUGGCAGCACAAGGGCAGGCAGGUAUGGACCACGCCGUACUGGAUGACAUAAUACGACGUCUUAAUGAGGUCCGAUCAGCCAGGCCGGGGAAGCAGGUGCAACUAUCUGAGGCUGAGAUCAAGCAGCUUUGUGAUGCUUCUAGAGAUAUCUUCCUUGAACAGCCCGCUUUGCUCGAACUCGAAGCACCCAUCAAGAUUUGCGGUGACAUACAUGGCCAAUAUAGUGAUUUAUUGAGGCUUUUUGAGUAUGGUGGUUUUCCUCCCAAUGCUAAUUAUCUGUUUCUGGGGGACUAUGUGGACCGGGGCAAGCAGAGUUUGGAAACAAUAUGUCUUCUGCUUGCUUAUAAAAUUAAGUAUCCAGAGAAUUUUUUCCUACUAAGAGGAAACCAUGAAUGUGCUUCUAUUAAUCGGAUAUAUGGGUUUUAUGACGAAUGCAAACGACGAUUUAAUGUGAGACUUUGGAAAGUGUUUACUGACUGUUUUAACUGCCUUCCUGUGGCGGCUGUUAUAGAUGAAAAAAUAUUGUGCAUGCAUGGUGGUCUUUCUCCUGACUUGACAAACUUGGAACAAAUUAGAAAUUUGCCCCGUCCAACUCCUGUUCCUGACACUGGUUUGUUAUGUGAUUUGCUCUGGUCUGAUCCUAGCAGGGAUGUUAAAGGAUGGGGAAUGAAUGACAGAGGGGUUUCCUACACUUUUGGCCCAGAUAAGGUGUCAGAAUUCUUAGAAAAGCAUGAUUUAGACCUCGUGUGUCGUGCCCAUCAGGUUGUGGAGGAUGGAUAUGAAUUUUUUGCCAACAGACAACUUGUUACAAUAUUUUCAGCUCCCAACUAUUGUGGAGAAUUUGAUAAUGCUGGUGCAAUGAUGAGCGUUGAUGAAAACCUGAUGUGUUCCUUCCAGAUUCUUAGGCCAGCAGAGAAAAAGGCUAAGUUCAUGUCAACAAAAAUGUAAGGGUUGCAGUAGCAUGGGUUGCCCAUCUUCAGUAAGAUAUUCAUAAAAUUUUUGCCCUAGAAAUUGGUCUAAACUGGUGCUGGGCUUGUGGAUUUAAUUUGAUACUUCAUAUUAUUGGUACCGGAAAAGCUUUACAAGCCAGAUUGGGGCACAAGUGCUGCAUAGUGUAGGAUAAGGCAGAAGUUUUUUUUUUUUUUUUUUCUCCCAAUUAUGUCACCCCUGUGAUGUUUAUCUUUUCUUUAUGGUAGUUAAUCUGCGGUGCAUGUGUACUGUGUACAUAUAUUUGGUCCUGCAACUCAUAGGUGUGCUUUGGGUUGUUAGAGCCUAUAAAUGGCCGCAUUAACCUUUCCUACUGCCGUGGUUCUUCUAUAUCCCAAACUGUGAAUUGAUUGUGCUUGUUGGAUUUAGGUGCCUUCAGAUACCAUUGGUUGAUUGCAAGUCAGAGGCCUAUUAUUUGAGUCAUUAUGUUGAAUGAAUCCACUAAUAAUUUUCUUUUCUUGUCUUCUAUUCUUUAUUUUUUUUUUCCCUUAUUUUUUUGGGAAUCUCAUAAAAUGUUUUUCCACCGUCACCCUAGAACAAUUUCAAACAUAUCGUAAAUCUAUGGAUAUUUCUAACCUUGACUGCUGGCUUUUUGGUUUUUUAUUUUUAUCAUAAAAUAUAUAUAAAACAUUAAUUAUUUAUAAUAAAUUUAUAUUUUCAAAUGUGAUAUGGUGUUGCCUAAGAAAGCACUUAAUGAAGU